AUGUCUCUUGUUCGUGGCCUCACAAAGCGCGUCAAGCGCGCUGGUUCGGAUGCGUCGAAACAGACUGCGUCGACGCCGGCUCGGAACCAGAGUGUGAAAUUCCCAAAGUUGCAGAUUGAUCGUUCCAAGAUCUCGUCGCCUCUGGCUCUGGUCUCGACAACGAACAUGCUUAGCUACAACGCCCCGGAUAUCGCGACUAUGGGACAGACCAUGCCGUCGGUUACUACUGCUGCCGCAACUCACUCCUCUGGCGACGACUCGGAUCACAGUGUAUCGACACGGUCUCGCGCUUCGUCGCACAGCUCUCGGGAUACUCUUACUGAUGCCUCGUCUGUGGAAUCCUCGCCAACUUCGCCCGCGCCAAACCAUCUCUCAAACUACUUUGGCGAAACCGGCAAACAAGUACGCAGGACCGCUUCAACGACCAGCAUCGGCGCCCGCCAAGUUCAUGUCCAAGAAGAACGACCAGCAACAGCCGCCCCAGAGAUCCCGCAACGGGCUCUUUCGCACAGCAAGCGCGCCCACGAGCGCCUAGCGCACAAGCGCUCCCUGCAGAACCUAAGCCGGUCAAGUCCGGGCUCGCAACGCCAGUCCUACGACCAACGCUCCUCGGUCGACAUGUUCUCCGCCACGAUCCAAGAGGAGGACCAUCCUUUUGGCCGGGAGCUGGAGCAGCUCAACGAAGUAGUCGAGGAGUUUGGCGGCGUUGUGAGGGAUGCUGAGAUGGAGGAAGAUCUCACUGCUAUGCGCCGGCGCGACCUGGCCAACUUUUGCGCCAGCGAGUACCUCGCUGAGAUCCAACCGCUGUGCAGCGUGCGCUUUGGCGCCGCACCCAUGGCGUGGAUUUGA